CCGGCCCUGGAACAAAUCCAUUCUUCCAUUGCACAAUGUUCGGUGCAAUUGGCAUCAAGACGAGCAUUAUCAAAAGGGGCAAAGCGUCUAGAAUUGGACACUUUGGCAUUCGUGACUAAUAGCAAACUGUAGACUUUUUCCAACCGGGCCUAGACAACCUGGAAGCCGUUUAGGUGUUGAAACGAAUCUUGUCUAGGCGGUCAGUAUUUUUUGUUCAUUUUUAUACAAACCCAAACACCGACUUUUCUCCUUGUUGCUCUCUUCAUUCCCGUCUUUUCUCCGGUGGCCCUGCUUGUCAGACUUAUUUUGAAUAUCCCAUACACAUUCGUCCGUUUCUUCCGUCAUACAGAGUCCAAUCACACCAAGAAACCCUUCCGUUCCCAGGUACCUGGACAGAAGACAAAGCAAGGCGUUGGAUACCGUUGGUUCAGGCAAGAUAAGGUACAGAACGGUGUGGGGAGCUUGCAGACGCACAUGGUGCUUAUACCCGAGGUCUCCAAACUGUCGCGCUCGGCGUUCAGACGGUUAGGAAUGACCCCGCCAAAAACACCGGACGCUCCCCCCGCCCGUUUAUCGUUGAUCUCACGACAUCUUGCCCCCGUAUAUCCGAUCAACACCCCCUACGCUGUUGAACGUCUUCCCAGCACCGUCGACACCUCACUUCUGCCCAGGAUUCAAGUGCGCGAGAUCACGACAACCACCCCCAAGAUGUCUCAACCCGCCCACCCAACGCUCCUGAUUCCAGGACCCAUUGAAUUCGACGAUGCUGUCCUCCAGUCCAUGAGUCACUUCAGCGAAAGCCAUGUGAGCGCCGGUUUUGUUGCUACCUUCGGCGAGACCCUGUCUAUGUUGCGCAAGCUGUUCCAGACCACCGACCCUGCAUCUCAACCAUUCGUUCUCUCUGGAUCCGGUACUCUCGGCUGGGAUUUGGUUGCUGCCAACUUGAUUGAGGCUGGCGAGGACGUGUUGGUGCUUGGAACCGGCUAUUUUAGUGAUGGCUUCGCCGACUGCCUCAGAGUGUAUGGUGCCAAUGUCACCGAGCUCAAGGCCCCCGUUGGCACCAAGCCCACUCUUUCCGAGAUUGAGAAGGCUCUGUCGGAGAAGAAGUACAAGGCGAUCACCGUCACCCACGUUGACACAUCGACUGGUGUCUUGAGCGAACUCAAGAAUCUCUCUGCUCUUGUCCACAAGGUCUCGCCAGAUACCCUCAUUAUUGUCGACGGUGUCUGCAGUGUUGCGUGUGAGGAGAUUGAUUUCGAUACCUGGGGUCUUGAUGGUGUUGUCACUGCCAGUCAGAAGGCUAUUGGCUGCCCUGCCGGUCUGUCGAUUUCCAUGUUCAGCGGUCGUGCCAUGAAGGCUUUUGAGAACAGGAAGAGCCCUCCCUCGGCCUACUUCGCUUCUAUGAAGAACUGGACCCCUAUCAUGCAAAACUACGAGGCCAAGAAGCCCUCUUACUUUGCUACCCCCUCGCCACAGCUUGUCCACGCUCUUCACACUGCUCUGAGCCAGAUCCUUGCGAAGCCCGUGGCUGAAAGAUUUGCCGGCCACAAGGCCGCCUCAGACAAGAUCAAGGCUGCCAUCGGUGCCCUUGGUCUUAAGCAGGUUGCGGCCAACCCUGAUGAGCAGGCUCACGGCAUGACUGCCAUCUAUCUCCCUGAGGGCGUCAAGGGCGCCGAGCUCCUGCCUAUCCUCGCGAAGAAGGGUGUUGUGUUUGCCGGUGGUAUCCACAAGGAAAUCGUCACCAAGUAUAUCCGUUUCGGUCACAUGGGUGUCAGUGUGCUCGACCCCACCAGAGGCGAUAUUGAGCGUGCUGUCAAGGCUUUGGAGGAGGGUCUUGCUGAGCUUGGAUAUACCAAGUCUUGA